UCUUUCACCCACCACUUAAGGUGUGACUUUUGACGAUGGCGGAAUGACGGGGCCAGUGGGUUUCAGCGUGGCAGCAUGGGGUUCCGUAGCCAUUUUGGCGUGAGCUAGCUCAAGCUGAGCCAUGGAUGCCGAAAGGCUCGCAAAAGUGGAGGGCGUUGCGGCGGCAUUGAGCUGCUCCCUGUUGAGCAUCGCAGUGAUCGCCAGCAACCAGCAGCUCCAGACCUUGGACUGGCCUUGCUUUUUCAUCACGGGCACCGCGGCGUUGCUUGGGGCUCUUGGCAACAUUACAUAUCAACGGUGGCACGGCCUUGCGAGGCCUCCGGAUGUGAGGUGGGUGAUGCUGCGUGGCUUGUGCGGCAGCGGGAAUGGCUUCUUGGGCAUUUGUGCGGUGCUGGCUGGGGCUUACAUGGGUUCCAUCGCCGCCUUCCGCAGCGUUAACUCCAUCGUGGCCUCGCUGGGAACGGUGGCGAUGGGGGAGGAGUUCGGAUGGAUGCACCUGGUGUCUGUGGCCUUAUUCGUCAUGGGGGCCAUUCUGACUGCGGACCCCGAAGAAGUCGUGGCUACCAUGGGGUCGACGUUGCUCGGCAAUGGCUUGGCUCUGGGCAGCGGCAUCAGUAGCGGUUUUUCUGCUCUGAUUGGCAGGAAGGUCAAAGAGGUUCAUCCUUCGUUUUUGACUACCGCCAACUUGUUGCAGACGUGGCUCUUUUGUUGGAUGCUGCACUUCAUCAUCCGAGUGCCCAGCGGAAGCUUUCAAUCCAUGGAAGGAGCGCGCCCGCAAAGCGUCCUUCUGUUGCUUGGCCUUCCAGUGAUCCUGCACUUCAACACCAUGUCGGGUGCCGUGGCGUCUCAGAAAUGCUCCGCUGCUGUUGUCACCACCGUGAAAACUGCCUCGAGCAUGCUGGCGGGCUUUUGCCUUGACUACUUGCUGCAGGGGCAUGCGAAGCUGGUAACCAUCCUGGGUGCCCUUCUUAUCUUCCUGGCCGUGCUUGCCAUGCUGCAGACUCAGCUCGGCAACUCCGCCAAUUCCGCCCCCAAGGACAUCAAGGAGAAAUUGAAGCUGCUGCCAUCGAACGGCAUUGCCAAUAUCUGAAGCUGCUUGCGCUGUACAGGUGUAUCCUCCUGGUGUUUGAGACCAGUUUUGUUUUCCCCAGACGUUUCGCGGCUUCGGCUACAUUAGCACCACGGUCGUGUCUGGGUGAUAAUCUUCCAGUGUCCUGUAUCCUCCUGGUGUUUGAGACCAGUUUUGUUUUCUCCAGACGUUUCGCAGCUUCGGCUACAUUAGCACCACGGUCGUGUCUGGGUGAUAAUCUUCCAGUGUCCUUCGAAGAUGGACACUUUGGGGCUCGUACAAGUACUGUUGAAGCAAAGACUCAACUCAGCGACAAUGGUAGCCAGACAUCAAAGCAGCGACAUUAUGGAGAGCUGGUUGCAUC